UCUCUCUCUCUCUCUCUUCCCCAAAAUCAAAUCUUUCGAUUAGGGUUUUUGCGAUUGCAAUUCCGAAAUUCUGAAUACUCCUAUUUCCUGGAAAACCCCUCUUUUUUCCUUUCCCGGAUUUGUAUAUUGAUCACAGAAUGUUUUGAUUUCACAGCUAAAAGCAAAACAUUUCGAUCACAAUCUCGCCGCUUCUUCCUCCAUUCUCAAUAAAUCUCCGGCAUCAAUCAAUCCAUAAAUUCAUCAACCCUGACCCUGUAAUGAAUCGACUCGGGUGCAUAUCAAUUGCUCCCUCGGUCAACCCCGCGUUGACCUUCCACAGUUUCUGACAAACAUCCACCAUUGAUCCCCCAGUUUCAAAUGUUGGGAAUUGAAUGUUAGAUUCUUCGAUUUUAGGAAAAAUGGGUUGUGGUGAGAAUGCCGGGUAGAUUUUUUUUUUUUUUUUUUUUUGAAGUAGUUUUGAUGCAAUGGAUAUAAACAUCGAUGCAAUUAGUGGAAGUAUGAACAGUAUUUUGGAGUCUCCAAAAGUAAUGAUCAUGGAAGAGAGUGAGAGUGAUGUGGAAGAUGAGUCCCGAGCUUUGUUGCAGUCGGAAAACGGUGGUUUGUCGAAGAAAUCGGAAAAACCUAAGAGGAAAGUACAGUGGUUAGAUAGGAGUGGUGAUAAUAAGCUCGCCGAAAUCUUGGAGUUUCAACCGAGUGAUGUGAGCGACUCGGAAGAGGAAGAUUCAGAUUCUUGCAUCUGUAGAAUAAUGUAGACCAGAUUCAUUAUACCGUUCUGAGAUUCGCUGCAAACGGAAUAUGCCAAAUCCAACGGCUCUGGAGUUUCCAGAGGUUAAUUUUUUUUCCUUCUCGUUUUUUAUCAAAUAGUAUAUCGAAAUGAUCAUAGUGUGUGCUUUUUAUACUCCGAUUGUUGUAUAGGAAGUUACAGGUGCCUCUGUUUGCUUCACAUUCUUCGAAGUUUGUAAAAAAAAAAUAAUCGUGUAUCAAACUGAAUCGUGUCUUAAUUUAUUAAAUUUCGAUUUUUCUCGUGA